CAUAAAAACCACCAAAGAGAUAAUACAGAGGAGACAGAGAGAGCCACCACCAGGUUUGAGGAAAGACGAAUCGAAACCAGAAAAGGAUCCAACAACAAUUUGCGUCCUUUUGUUCCGUCGCCCCAUUCGGACCGUAUCGUCAUGGCCAUCGCCCGAAGGUAUGAUCCGACUCGAAUCCACAGCAUACCAUAGCACGGCACAGCAUAGCAUACCGUAGCAUACCAUAUACACCGAGAUGGGAAGAGAGCUCCGGUUUGUCAUCGGGCACACCCUCGAGACGAUCCCUCCGGAAGACCGGGCUACCCGCACGGUCCAGCGGCCGGACGGCUCCCUGGAUUCUUCCCCGAUGGGGCUGGACUGGACCGUGUACCUGGACGUGUUGGGUCAAAACCCGAGGGACGUCCUCGCCCGCGUCAAGGCCGAUUUCGGGAGGUCCUUUCUCCGACGGCGCCGGUACGAGUGGAACCGACCCCGGAGGGUCUUUCCGAAGGGCAAGAACGGCGACGGCAGCCACCAUUGCGACAGCCACGAAACCAGCGACGAACGCAACGAAAACGAAAACGGAACCAACGGCGAGGUGUGGCGGUGCUUCGAGUCGAGACAGAGGUGCGCGGGGACCCCCACGGUGACCUUUUCGAUCCUGGGGCUGGGCGGCACCGAGCUCGACGUGGACUACCACCCGUCGGGGGGGGCCCUGGAGGGCAUCUUCUGCGAGCCCGAGGUCCCCCUGAGAUCCGGCCCCACCCGGAGGCACGCCCUCUUGAGGCCCCUCCGGCUCCCGGCCGACCGGGCCUUUUCCGUGGCCCGGCGUCCCUGCAACCCUUGUGGCGACGGGGACGUGGACACGGACAAGGACACGGACACGGACAUCGAUGGAGCCCGCGCUCCCGCUCGCUGGUGGGAGGGCGAGGCCGGUCUCGAGGAGAUCAAGCGGUCCGUCCCGGAGCGCGAGGGACCGUUCACUUCCGGUUGGGAGGAAGACACAGACACCGUGGUGUCCAUCCGGCUGUUCGGGCCGCAUCCGGACCGGAGGGACCUGGAAAACACGGCCAAGCUGUGCCAGAACUUUGUCAAGCACGAGGGGGCCAUCGACCGGAUCGCGGAGCUCUGCCGGGGGGAGGGUGCCGGGCCCGAGCCUUGGCGGGCGGUCUCCAACCUCGCAAGCGUGCAAGGGGGGUCCAACCGGGAGAGGCACGAGGCACUGGACGCCGCCGCGGGAAGCUGGGAGGCCCUGGUGCGGGCCGCCAACCCGGGCGGCGAGGCCGUCCGCUACAAGCCGAAGCUGACCACCGAGUCGGAGACGGGAAACCACCUGGCGGAAUUCGCCUUUUCCGGCGUGCCCGCCGGCGGCGAUCCCGACCGGACCCUCGCGCUGGUGCGGUUCUGCGUCCUCUUUGUCCACAACACCUUUCGCCACCGGAAACCGAGGCCCCUCCGGGCCGGCAGCUCGGUCGACCGGCAAAUGGAAUGCCUCUUUGCGAACGUCGUUCGGGACCGCUUCGUCGAGGAGGAGCUCACCGACAGCGGCGACGACUUCUCGUGCGAGCUCGGCAGCCUUGUCGAGGAGGAGCUCACCGACAGCGGCGACGACUUCUCGUGCGAAAUCGGCAGCCUUGGUUCGUGUCUCGUCACCCUGGGUUCCAGCGCAACGGAUGUGUUCGAAACGGACGACCCCGGCGAUUCCAGCGGCACGGAACACACGACCGCGAACAGCGAAAAGAGGGCCCUCCCCGAGCUCCCGGUGUCGGGCAAGCGGCCACGGCUGGUCUCCCCGUCCCUGUCUUGCCCGAUCGGCCUGUCUCCAAAACCGUCACUCUGCCCCCUCCUCUUGCCCGGCUUGGCUGUCGCGGUGUUGUCGGACCUCUCGGCCGGCAACAAGGCCCUAACGGCGGCGAAGCUGGCCACGAUGGGAGUGAGGCUGGGCACCGGAAAGAGCAACAACAAGGCGACAAGGCUGGACAAGCUGCAAAAGUAUUUCGCCGCCAGGGAACACGAGCUGCAACACCUGGUCGACGGCCACGAACACGACACCUUUGGGAUCGAGAUCGCCUCCCAAAAAGACGGGGCCUCGGACAAGAACACCAUCCGCCUCCUUCGGAAGGGCGGGCGAACGCUGGAAACCCCCCGGAGAAGCGUCUGCGAUCCCAAGACAUUGAAGGGCGGCGAGGCCACGCUGGGCUCGCUGACCGAGGAAGAUGCGCGGUCCCUCUGCGCCGAGCUUCUCGGCGGAGACCCACACGGCCCGGAAGAGGGGGGAGAAGGACCGCCCCGCACCGGCAGCUGGAUCGAACGCCUCGACGCCUGCAUCGAGGCCAUCCGGGGGCGGGUGGAAGGAGCGGGAGCCGCCCGUGAUCCACCGGACCCGCAAGAACCACCGCAACCCCCACGCUUUGCGCUGGUCCACGAUUUCUUCUAGCGACGACCGCCUCGGCGCCGAGGUGCCCACGCAGAGCAGCCCGGCAGACGGCCCGGCCAUGACGAGGCCGCACCCCCCUGCACGGAACGCCCUGCGGCCUGGCGACAACCAGUUCUAGACACA